AUGAAGUAUCUUGUAUCUUUCGGGGCCCUCAUCGGCGCCGUCGCUGCACAGGCGCCAUUCGGCUCAGUAUGCACUGCUACGAACCAAUGGUACAGCCAGUGUCUCCCCGGAACGGCCGCGCCUUCGGUUACGACGACUCUUGUCACGAAGACAACUUCCACAGCAAAGUCCACCGCCACGGCGACCUCUCCUCCUGCCGACUCUCUCGGCUGGAAGUGGUUCGGUGUCAAUGAGGCUGGUGGUGAAUUCGGAGAGAAGACGCUGCCUGGCACAUGGGGCACCGAGUUCAUCUUCCCCGAUCCGUCUACCAUUACUACUCUUCGAGGCCAAGGAUACAACACAUUCCGCGUCCAGUUCAAGAUGGAGCGCAUGACUCCCAACUCUCUGACGGCAGGCUUCAACACCGCAUAUCUGGCAAACCUCACAACCGUUGUCAAUCAUAUCACCUCAAGCGGAGGCUGGGCUGUGUUAGACCCCCACAACUACGGACGAUUCUACGACAACAUUAUCACUGAUACUGGUGCUUUCCAAACGUGGUGGAAGAACUUUGCCACCCAGUUCAAGAACAACGAUCACGUUAUCUUCGAUACCAACAACGAGUAUAACACCAUGGACCAGACGCUUGUGCUCAACCUGAACCAGGCCGCAAUCAACGGUAUCCGUGCGGCAGGAGCAACCCAGUACAUUUUCGUCGAAGGGAACCAGUGGUCCGGUGCCUGGUCGUGGGUCACUGUGAAUGAUAACAUGAAGGCCCUCACCGACCCUCUGAACAAGAUCGUCUACGAAAUGCACCAGUACCUCGACUCAGACAGCUCUGGCACGUCAACAGCGUGUGUAUCAACUACUAUCGGCGUCGAAAGAGUCACUGCUGCCACGAAUUGGCUGCGUCAGAACGGCAAGAUCGGUAUCUUGGGCGAGUUCGCGGGCGGAGCCAACUCCCAGUGCCAGACCGCCAUCAAGGGUCUCUGGUGGGCUGCCGGCCCAUGGUGGGGUGAUUAUAUCUACAGUUUCGAGCCUCCCUCCGGCACAGGUUACACGUACUACAACUCCUUGUUGAAGGGGUAUGUUGCGUGA